UAUCACCGGGCCUGUUCGUCGAAAAAAGCGUUUGUCAGAUCCUUUAAUUAAGUAACCUUUCGAUGGAAGGAAGAAGGUCGUCGUCGUGAAACAGAUUUUGAAGUGAAAUGGAAGAUUACGCGAGAGAUCCAUGUCCAUGGAGAAUCAUGGACGACUGUGGGGGAGCCUUUUCUAUUGGAAUAAUAGGAGGUUCAAUUUUCCACGGAUUCUCAGGAUACAGAAAUGCUGCAAAAAUACCAGGCAAAUGGAACAGGCUUACUGGGAUGGCACACAACAUUAGAACUAAAUCACCAAUCACUGGCGGUAACUUUGCUAUAUGGGGUGGAUUAUUUUCGGGGAUUGACUGUCUCUUGGUUUACUUCCGUGGAAAGGAAGACUAUAUCAACUCAAUAGCCAGUGGUGCUGCGACAGGAGGAAUUCUAUCUAUACGAAAUGGACCCUAUCAGAUGAUGGCAUCGGCUGCUAUAGGUGGUUUAUUACUCGGUAUGAUAGAAGGAGUAGGAAUCUUCAUCACCUAUAUAACAGCUGCUCAGUUUGAUCCUGCCAACAGACAAAUGUUAGAAGAUCCCAAUCAACUCCCUGACAAACCAGUAGGAAAUUCAAAUACAAAUAUGUAUGGCAUGGCUUCGUAUCAAUGAUUCCUGUUAUAGAGCCAUUUCCUAUACAGAAUGUGAUAAAGACUGCUUUUUGAUCAAUGUUAUCUUCAUGGACAGAUAUACUGAUCUGAUGAAUAAUUGUCACCUUCAUGGAUAGACAUUACCUCCAUGGACAUAUACUGUUCUCAUGGAAAGAUGUCACUUUUAUAGAUACCUCUAUUUGAUGGAUAUCGUCCUCCUGGAUAUGUAAGUAGGUGAUGCCCUCACGGAGAGAUAUCACCCUCAUAGACACAUAAGUAGGUGAUGCCCUCAUGGAGAGAUAUCACCCUCGAGUAGGUGAUGCCCUCAUGGAGAGAUAUCACCCUCAUAGACACAUAAGUAGGUGAUGCCCUCAUGGAGAGAUAUCACCCUCAUAGACACAUAAGUAGGUGAUGCUCUCAUGGAGAGAUAUCGCCCUCAUGGACACACAAGUAGGUGAUGCCCUCAUGGAGAGAUAUUACCCUAAUGGACACAUAAGAAGAUGAUGCCCUCAUGGACACACCUCAUUGUGCUGAGUGGUGGAUAAGGAAUGUGUGAAACUAUGAAUGCCUCUUAUGAUAUGUAGAUUUUUUGACGUAGGUAAGAGAGGCCCUGAUACAGUACACUGUGGCAUUGGUCGAGAUCUGCAAAGAACAACAUGCAAUGAUACCAAUUGCUAUGAUAAUGAUUUAUUGUGAAAUAAAAAAAAUGCUCCUUAGGAAUAUCAUGUACAGUUUAGAAAAAUACAAUGCUGGCUCACAUUUCUGGUCUAAUCAGGGUUAAACUGAAUAAUGUGUGACUACAACCUUUUUAUCUGACUGAUUGCUGGUGUGAUUGUACUGUAGAUAUAUAUAAAAUAAUAACUUGCAUAUAUUUUAUAUUUGUAUGACCAUCCUGAUCUGUGUGUUGAAUUUCAUUGAAGGAAGACCUCCCUUGUUUUUGGAAAGGAUUUAGUCAAGAUCUUACAAAAAAAAAAAAAUAGUCGCAUAUAAGGAACAGCAACAGUCAUAUUGCAUCUAGGCAUUGCAAUAAUAAUUUUCAUUAAAUGAAGACCUCUAUCUAAAAUAUUAUUUUGUUGUUUUGUAAGAAGGUAAAAGUGUAUGGAAUCCAAGCUAUUGUCUUUUUUAUUGCAUUUAAGUUAUAUAUCUGUAUUUCUCCCAAGACCACCUCAGAUACUUGCACUGCCACAUAACUACUGUCUUCUGUUUAUUAUCCAGACUUCUUGUGGGGUAAUGAAUUAUUACAGUCAUAGCUUUCAUAAAUUUACAACUGGAAAGUUGAAAUUUAAAGAAUUGCAAUAUUAAGAAUCUAGUGUAGAAUCUGACUAUUCAGCAGAUUGAGUGAUCUUCAAUCAAGUCAUCACUUUCUGGGUCGUCUCUAGUAAUGUCAAGAGAGAUUCUGGUUUACUUUUCAAAAAUAUCCUGCAAUUUGCAUAUUUCAAUGAGAUUGAUAAUAUUGUGAGGGAAUUAGCGCUGUGUCAGACUUAAUGGGACUAUGAAUCACCUGUGCCUCGAGAUUUAUGGUAAUUUGCCAGGGGGGUUAAUGACAUGGUUAAGAACUUAAGACAUUGAAAACAAAUGAGCAGUUGGCAAUUUGAUUAUGAAAAUAGAUUAUUAGUCAACAAAAUUAUGUGAUUUAUGGAGCAAAAUAGCUGUUCUCAUACCAAUAUAUGUGCGUAUGUAUAUACAGACUGCAGAUGACAAGUGUCUGCUAGAUUUUAAUGUUUUUAUGAGAAUUUGUUGCUAUGGUGAUCAACUGUGAUCGCCACAGUAAUGUAUAUAUAGUGUGUGUUUGUGUGGAGAGUUUGGUGGAGAGUUUGUAGAUAGAAUGAAGUACACAGAGAGAGUGUGAGUUCAUCUUUAUAUAUGUUAUUUACACAGUUGAUUGUUCUGUGUUAAUCUUAUGCUAUUAGAAUGUCAUUUUAUUAAUGGUUGUUAGUGAGAUAUUAGAUUCAUUUUGUCAUUUUUGUAACAAUUUCAUUUCCAUCAAUAUUAAGACAUUUAUAUAAGUGACAUUUGACUGUUAAGGUCAUUAUGAUGUUGAGCAUACCAGAUAUGAUUCUUUCGUGUGUACAGGCUUGGUGAUACACUUAGAUCUAAAGUCGGUCCUUGUUAUCUUUGAAUACAGGAUUUAAAGUUUAAACUGAUUCUGACUCAUAAAUAUCCAUUUUACUAUUCCUUUGUAUUGUUCAAUGAUUUAUUUAUAAUUCUAUGUAUUGAUUUGUAUGAAAAAUGUUAGAAGUGUUACAUUAAGUAAUAACGCCACCAGAUGUUACAUUGGCAAUCUGUUAAGGUGUACUUGGGAUAUGAAAUGGAGGGAACUUGCUGCAGUUUAUAUUUUUGCCCUUUCACAAUUACUAGGACAAACUCCUAAUGUGAUUGAACAUUAGCCAAGCAAACAAUAACAAUCUUAGAAGGGUGGAUUAAUAUUGAGUUGAUAUGAGUACUUCAUUUAUCAUACAGAGUUUGUGUCCACCAUGGGAGUGUACAGUAGAUAUACCGGUAUAAUACAGAUCUUAAGAACAGCACAUAUGGAUGUACUUAUAUGUAUGACUGUUUGAUAUGUGAAGUUUGGAAAAAAUAAAAGUAACAAAUGAGAA